GUUUGUGAUUGAGCUCUGCGAGCCCGUGCAAGUGAAGCAGAUCGACAUCGCAAACUUCGAGCUCUUCUCGUCCACCCCUCAAGACUUCCUCAUCUCCAUCAGCGACCGGUACCCGACAAGAGAGUGGAACUAAGCUGGGCAAAUUCCACGCGCGCGAUGAGAGGACUGUCCAGAGCUUUCCGCUCGACGAGCAGAUGUUCGCCAAGUUCCUCAAGAUGUUCGCCAAAUACAUAAAGGUGGAGCUAUUGUCCCACUUUGGAAAAGAACAUUUUUGUCCACUGAGCCUCAUCAGGGUGUUUGGCACCAGCAUGGUGGAGGAGUACGAAGAGAUUGCCGAGUCUCACUACAACCCCGAGGUGCCCGGCAUCAUCGAUGAAGACUCCGAUUACCCCAUCGAUUAUGGAAGCAAAAUGGACACGGACUCCAAAAAUAUUAUCGGAUCUGCCACAGAUGCCAUCCUCAGCAUGGUGAACAUUGCGGCCAAGGUGCUCGGCGGAAGCAACGAAGCGGAGGGGUCGCAAUCCUCCAUGUUUCCCCGCGAUAACGUCAGCAGCUUGAGCAACGAGACAUCAGCAAACAGCUCCACCUCGCCGCCUGUGGAAAUUGCCGCCCCACCUGCGGGCAACCGGACGGAAAACGGUUCAGUCACGGACGCCGCCAACAACACCGCUUCGGAGGAAUCGCCCCCCCCACGCUGAUCCCCGUGGUGGUUCCCCUGGAGGGCGAAGGCGAUGUCGACGAACACGAGACCCAAGGUGGCGGCGAUGAGGAACGCGAGCCCGUGGGACUGGCGGAGCCGCCCGCUCCACCAGGGCUGGCGCCCCCGCUGAGCAUCGUGACGCAGCUGGGCCCCG